AUGACUUCACAUAUGCCAAUGGGAACGACUAGACAACCGUUUGCUCCAUUGAAUAGUUCUCGUCUACAGAAUAUCACGAGUAUCAAGAAUCGUCAAAAUGCUCUAUCACCCAACAAUACCUCGCCUAAACGCAAAGCUACAUCAUUCGAAUCUGACGAUGAUUCCGAAAACGUUGAUCCUAUAUUCUUCGAAUCUCCCAAGCGAUCCAAGGCUGUUGAGGAAACUAAAGAUACCUACUCAAAACCUACAAGCUACUUCUUGACCAAAGCCCCUCCCUCUCCUACCGAAGCGUCGCUUACCUCUCCUCUCAAACCUAUCAAAUCUACCACUCAGCGAAAGGUUCUACAAACUCGUACUCAAACACCAAAAGCGACCACCACAGCCCCAAAAUCUACACCCCUUACCGCUCCAGCAGGCCGUUCACCCACUAGAAAGCGCGUCGGAAUCCUCAAUAAUCACCGUCGUGCUUCCGGUUCAAUAACCCGCGUUGAUCCUCCCAAAUUCUCCACCUCAAAGCCUAGCGGCCUUAGCUUCUCAAUCGAUGCCGCUCUUUCAGGAACCAUUCCAUCUUACGGCGCACGUCAACGUCAACGUCAAGUUCUCUCUUCCAAGGGCACGAAGGCCCAAACCUCUCAGAAAGAAGUCCCCUCUUCCCUUCAUGCAUCCGAAGGCAAAUCAUCCUGGUUCUUCCAAAUUCAUGAAGACACUGAAGAGGAACACGCGACCAAUCUCAUGGAACAUAGUACUGGCAUUCUCGAUAUUUCCUCCGACGAAGAAACACUUACGAGAUUGAGAGAUGAGAGAGGCAAAGAAAAUGUUCCACCUCUAGACGAUAUUUCUCAAACGCGUACUUCGCUUACUGCUUUCGCUUCGAGUUCUUCUAUGUCUCGUAAAGAUGAUAUGGAGAUUAGAGAAAUGAAAAUGAGGAUUAAGAUGCAACAAAAGAAACGAAGGGAAAUAGAAGAGGGUGCUAUUGAUGUUGAUAGAGCUCCAUUGGGAGAGAUGAGGAAAGAAGAUUUCUACGCAGAAGGUUGUGAUGAGAAGAGUGUUUUUAUCAUCCUUCCGGAUCCUGAACCUGAGGUGUCAGCCGAGGAAGAAGAAGCUGAGAAAGAGAAGGAAGCUCCUUUGGAGCAAGAAGAUCAAGUUCCAGAACCACAAACCACAAACUCAUUGCCAGAGCCGGUUUCCACGGCUUACACGCCUGGAAAGGGAAAGGGAAAGGGAAAGGAAAUCGAUAUCGAGUUUCUCAUGCAAAAGAAAGUGGUAGAACCGAUGGAGAAACCGGAAGCGGAUUUCGUUGUUUGGGAAAGUGGAAGUGCGAAGGAUGAAAAUGAAUGA